ACUCUCGCUCUGGAAAUUACAACUCCUGGGCGCGCGGCACGGCGGGCGGGCGGGCGCGGGAGGCGGUGGGGCCGGGAGGGGGAUUCCCGAGCCAGCGGGUGCUCGCCCCCCACCCGCCGCUGCAGCGUGGCGCGGCCAAGGUCAGGGGCGCUGCAGGAACCGGAGCCGGCGAGGCCAGCCUGGGACGCUGCUCAAUACCGGCCUACGAGGAGGCAGCUCAGAGAGCAGCGGCCCGAGCAGCGGUACGGCGACGGUCUCCGGGCCGGGGGAUGCCGAGGUGGCCGCGGCUGCACAGCAGCCUGGCGGAGGAUGCGCGCGGGAGGGGGGACGGGCGCGGACUCCGGGCCCAUCCUCUCGCGGGCGCUGUCCGCCGUCUGGUGGUGCUGAACCAGCCCUGGCCCCGCCACUCGGGCACUGGCCAAGAGCUGGGUAGGGGCGGGGCGCUCGCAGAAAGAAGACUCGGGGCAGCGGCGCUGCGGAGUCGGGCUCAGUAGCCUUGCUGGCUCACAGCAGCGGGUCACUGGUCCUUCGUGGAGUGGAGGCACGAGGUACCCCGGACGGCGCUACUGCUGCCUAUUCAACACCUGGACAACCUCGGAGGCCACCGCGAGGGCUCCCCGCCACCUUCAGACGGCUGCCUCCGGUGAGGGAGCCUCGCCUUCAGGAGGUGAGGACCCCUCCUUUCUCUGGCGGCCAAGCGUCUUAGGGCGGUGGCCUGAGGACAGAGAGGGGGCGUGCCACCCUCGGGUGAAGACAGCAUGCCCGUGAAAUACCCCCGCCUCCUGACUCAAGAGCGCUGACAUCGCCAGCCCAGCUGCGCUUGUCUUCGGAGCCUUGACCAUUCUUGGCUGGUCCCGAGCGGCUCUGGCCGCGGGCGCGGCGAUGGAGGAGGAGCUGAAGUGCCCAGUGUGCGGAUCCCUGUUCCGGGAACCCAUCAUCCUGCCCUGCUCUCACAAUGUCUGCUUGCCGUGCGCCCGCACUAUCGCGGUUCAGACCCCGGACGGCGAGCAGCACCUGCCCCCGCCGCUCCUUCUUUCGCGAGGUGCCGCCGCCGCCGCAACCCCUCCGGAUCAGGACGCAGCCGCCGGCGCGACCAGCGGAGGCGCGGGAGCUAACACAGCCGGAGGCCUAGGCGGCGGGGCGACCGGUGGCGGAGACCACGCGGACAAGCUGAGCUUGUACAGCGAGACUGACAGCGGCUAUGGCUCCUACACCCCCAGCCUCAAGUCCCCCAAUGGAGUCCGCGUGCUGCCCAUGGUGCCUGCGCCCCCGGGCUCUUCGGCCGCCGCGGCCCGAGGCGCCGCCUGCUCCUCGCUCUGCUCGUCCUCCAGCUCCAUCACCUGCCCGCAGUGCCACCGCAGCGCCUCCUUGGAUCACCGCGGCCUGCGAGGCUUCCAGCGCAACCGGCUACUGGAGGGCAUUGUGCAGCGGUACCAGCAGGGCCGUGGGGUUGUUCCGGGGGCGGCUGCAGCCCCGGCGGUGGCCAUCUGCCAGCUGUGCGACCGCACCCCACCGGAGCCGGCAGCCACUCUCUGCGAGCAAUGCGACGUGCUCUAUUGCGCCACCUGCCAGCUCAAGUGCCACCCGUCCCGGGGCCCCUUCGCUAAGCAUCGGCUAGUUCAGCCACCGCCGCCGCCCACACCCCCAGAGGCUACCCCUGCUGUUACAGGCACUUCCACUGCCUCCAGCGCAGGAGGAUGCAGGAGCCCAGGGGGUGCCGGGGCCAGCGCGCCGCGAAAGUUCCCCACAUGUCCCGAGCACGAGAUGGAGAACUACAGCAUGUACUGCGUGAGCUGUCGGAGCCCUGUGUGCUACAUGUGCCUGGAGGAAGGCAGGCACAGCAAGCACGAGGUGAAGCCGCUGGGGGCAACGUGGAAGCAGCACAAGGCCCAGCUGUCUCAGGCCUUAAAUGGGGUUUCAGAUAAGGCCAAAGAGGCGAAGGAGUUUCUGGUUCAGCUCAAGAACAUAUUGCAGCAGAUCCAGGAAAAUGGACUGGACUAUGAAGCUUGCCUGGUGGCUCAGUGUGACGCCCUGGUGGAUGCCCUGACUCGGCAGAAAGCCAAGCUGCUCACCAAGGUGACCAAAGAGAGGGAGCACAAGCUGAAGAUGGUUUGGGACCAGAUCAAUCACUGCACCCUGAAGCUACGCCAGUCCACGGGCCUGAUGGAGUACUGCCUGGAGGUGAUCAAGGAGGACGACCCCUCCGGGUUCCUGCAGAUCUCAGACGCCUUGAUCAAGCGCGUGCAAACCUCGCAAGAGCAGUGGGUCAAAGGUGCCCUGGAGCCCAAAGUAUCUGCGGAAUUUGACCUGACUCUGGACAGCGAGCCACUGCUGCAAGCCAUCCACCAGCUGGAUUUCGUCCAGAUGAAAUUGCCACCUGUACCCCUGCUGCAGCUGGAGAAGUGCUGCACCCGCAACAACAGCGUCACCCUGGCCUGGAGGACUCCGCCAUUCACCCACAGCCCUGCCGAAGGCUACAUCCUGGAGCUGGAUGAUGGCGAUGGAGGGCAGUUCCGGGAGGUGUAUGUUGGCAAGGAGACCCUGUGCACCAUUGACGGGCUGCACUUUAAUAGCACCUACAAUGCCAGAGUCAAAGCCUUCAACUCCUCUGGUGUUGGGCCCUACAGCAAGACUGUGGUCCUGCAGACCUCCGACGUGGCCUGGUUCACCUUUGACCCCAACUCUGGCCAUCGGGACAUCAUCUUAUCCAAUGACAACCAGACGGCUACUUGCAGCAGCUAUGAUGACCGGGUGGUGCUAGGCACAGCUGCCUUCUCCAAAGGCGUGCACUACUGGGAGCUGCACGUGGACCGCUAUGACAACCACCCGGACCCAGCCUUCGGAGUGGCCAGGGCCAGCGUGGUCAAAGAUAUGAUGCUAGGCAAGGAUGACAAGGCCUGGGCCAUGUACGUGGACAACAACCGCAGCUGGUUCAUGCACUGUAACUCCCAUACCAACAGGACUGAAGGCGGUGUGUGCAAGGGGGCCACUGUGGGUGUGCUGCUGGACCUAAACAAACACACUCUGACCUUCUUCAUCAAUGGGCAACAGCAGGGCCCCACAGCCUUCAGCCACGUGGAUGGGGUCUUCAUGCCUGCCCUCAGCCUCAACCGAAACGUGCAGGUCACCCUGCACACAGGACUGGAGGUGCCAACAAACCUGGGACGGCCAAAGCUGUCAGGCAACUAGCCUGGUGGCUCCCGCUGCCUAGCUGGCCGUGAUGGAGGGCUUCACGGAGGACCAGGGCAUAACAGAAAGUCCUGGGUGCCAGCAGCCAGCGGACAUCUGAAGACGCUUUUCUGGGGGAACUGAGAAUGAAUCACAUGCGAGCCCCACGACCAUACUGUGGCCGCCUAUAUCAGGAGUGGCCUUUCACCUCAAUGCCACAGGGCUAUGGUCCCCCCCAGGGUGCCCUCAAGAUGGACACCUUUUGUUUCCGGCUUAUAUUUUCUGACAUCUGUUUAAAAACUUUGAUUUCCUCUUAAGUUUUUGUUUUUUGUUUUCCUGGAGGGAGAGGAGAAGGCAGACUCUGAGACUGGUAUCCCAGGAUGGAUCAGCCCCGUGAUGUUACUCCAUGCCUGCCUGUAACCCAUUGCUAGGACUCUGUUCCUUUAUGGAGUCCCAGGCUGACAGUUUGUCACCUCUGCGGGAAGAAACGGACCUUGAGCCUCUGGGAUAUGCAGUUUUCAAUACACUGCAAACUAAUUUGAAAGGGACAUUAGUCAUUAAUGAACUGCUAGGACCCUUCAGAAAGGCUUCCUUAGGGUCUGUAUCAUUACCCAUGUGCUGUUGACCUCUCUCUCUCUCUCUCUCUCUCACACACACACACACACACACUCUCACACACAUGUGUGUGUAUGUGUAACAAUCUGUUAUAUUUUAUUCACUCAGUUCUUAGUUAUGAGUAGAAACACUGGAAUCCAAGACAGUGACACGUCUUUGCACAGUGGUGGCUUUUUCUAGAACCUGCUUCCACAGAAAUUGCUGGACAUAUAUCUGCACCGCCUUCCUGGGCUGGGCCUUGAUCACAGAGGCGGCAGACCCUGGGAAGACAGACUGUGCAUCUCAGUAAGCUCUUACGGCUUCACCCGGUGCCCUCUUUGAAGCAUCAUGAACACAAGGAGCGACCCUGGUGGCGACAGGGGUGGCUCUGUCACGAUGAGACAGAUGAGACCCCAGAGAAAGGCUGAAACUAGAUGGCGACACCCUACAACUUCUCUUUUCACAUGAGCCAGGGUUCCCUGGGAUGCAGCCGAGUCUUCCUUCUUCCGAGGAGCACUACCCUUGCUGGGGAGUUCCACACGGAGUCAUCCUGCCUUCCGGCCCUGUGUGCUCACUUCCUGUCUCUCUCCUGCAGCCACCAGCUCUGCCUGGUAGCAACCUUGCUCAAUCCCUUGCAAAGAAAUCAUCUCAUCAUCUCAUCGGGCGUUACGUUCUACACAGAGAAAUGACUUGCCUGUCAGCGGGGCUGUUUUUAUCAGACAUACCUGCACGCCGACCCCAACUGUGCUUCCUUGCCGAUUCUGUGCUCAGGCCCUGCACCAGUUCCCAAGUACCCACUACUGGGCUGCACAGACCCGCCAGUCCUACCUCAGAAUUCUUUCUCUUGGUCCUUGUUUCCUCAAACACUCCAACAUCACCAGGAGCCCUUCAGCACUGUCCAGCCUCCGCACUGGGCCCUGGGGCCAUAUUCAUUGCAUAGGCAUAGCCUUGGCCUCUCUGGACUCUCUUCCUGCUAAGUGGCUCACAGCUCCAUCUCGAGCCCUCGGGGCAGCCGCAGGACCCCGGCCGCUGCCGCUGCCAUCCUCAGUUGCUCUGCAGCUUCCGUUGUCCCUUUCCUACAGUCUAGCCACAGCCACAGCCACAGCUCUGAAAAGGAGGCACAGGUACUUCAAAGGGAAGAACAUGGAGGAACCUCUGCCUUCCUGGCCCAGGAAGUUGUGGUCAGGGGUGGUCCAGGGAUUUGGGUGUCUUGUGGAAGAGAAACCAGAAACCCUGGAGUAAGAACAGGGCAGAAAGGCUGGCCACAGAGAAUCUUUACAGUCUCAAAGCCUGGGCCAAUCACCUUCCUGGGAAGCAGGAGUCACUUGAGCCAAUCUGCACCUGUGGGUGGCUUUGGGGAGAUGAGAAAGUGACCACAAUCCCAGGUGACUUUUUCUUCUUCCUUCCUUCCUUCCUUCCUUCCUUCCUUCCUUCCUUCCUUCCUUCCUUCCUUCCUUCCUUUCUUUUCUUUUUUUUUUUUCUUUUUUGGUGCUGGAGAACCCAAGCCUUGGCCUUGCACUGAGCCUCCAACUCUUCAGGAGGCCACUUUCCUCCUCCUCCCCCUCCUCCUCUUGUUCCUCUUUCACCUCCUCUUCCUCCUCCUCUUCCUCUUCUUCCUCCUCCUCCCCUCUUCUCUCCUCCUUUCUUUGUCUUCCUUCUCCUCUUCCCCCUCCUCUUCUCUUCCUCUUCCUCCUCUUUCCCCUCCUCUUCUCUUCUUCCUCCUCCUCUCCUCCUCUUCUACCUCUUCCUCUUCUUUCUCCUUCUCCUUCUCUUCCUCUUCUUCCUCCUCCUCCUCUUUUUUCUUCUUGUUUUGUUUGAGACAUGGUCUCACACUGUAGCCCAGGCUGGCCUGGAAUUCACUAUACAGCUCAGGCUAGCCUUGAACUCACAGCAAUCCUCCUGCCUCAGCCUCCUGAGUACUGGGAUUACAGAGGUGAGCACCACAUCCAACUCAGAUGACCUCUUUAAGGAGGUUCCCUGGGGUUGAACACAGCAGAGCCAGCUCCCCGCCCCCCACAGGAGUAUGAGUGGGCGGGGCUAGCUGUCUCCCUUUGCUCACUGGAGCCCAGAAGCAAUAUGCUGGUGCCAGGGACAGCCCAGGCAGCCCUGCACAGCCACCUCUCCCCUGCCUUCUGCACAGGGCGCCUUUCAGGGACAAGAACGCAUGGAGGAGAGUAGGGUAAGACGGGGUCUCAUGAUUCGGGUUUGAGGCAACUGGAAAAGUGGCAAGGCCCUGGGAUCAUGGGGUUCUAUCCCAUGGAGUCCUUAGCAGCUGGCACUGAGGUUCCGCUGCUGUAUAUGAGUGAUACCAGCAUAAGGCCUUCCUUUGUGAGCCACUGAGAAGGACCUCGGGGUAAGUCUGUCAAAUGUCCGCGAGAAGGAAAUUCAGCUCCUGAGCCUGUUCUCUGGGUGAGUCAAUGAACGUCAAUUCCUUUUGAAUGAGUGUCCUUGAUAAGUACCCACUGGCACCCACUCUACACACAGCACCUCUUCCCUCUCAGCAGGACAGCAGUGCCCACAGAGCAGGUUUUUCCUUCUCUGUCCUGUCUGGGAACACAGCCCCAGUUUUAGGAGACAGGCACCAACCUUGGCAGUCUCACACCGUGUGUGGUCCAGGCUGUACCUUCAGAUCUUUAUGUGGUUCCAAAAUGUCCUUAGCUGCCCUGUGGCCUGAAGGAAUCCAGAGCCAGGGAGCAAUAUGCUGAUAGCAGGGUGGGCCCUGAAACAUGGACAAGCUCUGUGAGAGAAGGGGUAGGGGUGACCACUUUACUGAGCCCUGUCUUCUGUGAAAGGUACCCUAACCCCUCUCAGGUCAGUGACCAUGGGCACGUACCUUCCCAGGGGCAUCAUGUCAGCCUUCAUUCUUUGAGUGAAAGGCUUGCCCCUUGAGUCUGAGACAUGAUUCAGUGCUGCUGCCCGGGUUUGCCUUUCAUCCUGUGGCCUGUUGCAGAGGUGAAGGGGGUGGAUAAAACCAUUUGGGGGUCCUAAGAACACAUCACAGGACUGUGGGGGUGAACCCAGGGCUCUGUUUCUCUCCCAAUUUUGGGGGUGGGACCUGGGUGCUGGAGAGCAUUAAGCACCCCUGGUCUCUACUCUCCAGAUGCCAAUAGCACCCCCAGUUAGUGUGACACCCCCAAUACCUAAGGGCACCCAGAUGCCCCCUGGGGCUGGCCUGGAUCUGGAUUCGUUGGAUGUUGACAUUCAUAGCGUUGGUGGGUACCUCUUCCUGUGUCACAUAGGUCUGUCCCAAAGCCAUUGGCCUAGUGUUAACCCAACCUAAGAAUUCUUCACAGGUCUUCAGUAAGGAACAAAGGGCUCACAUUUUCCCCAACUCCCAUCUCCAUUCUUGCAAAGGAAAACUUCCCUUUUCUUGGCCACAGUUUACUGGUAGGAGCAGGGACAUCUUAAUGGAUCUAGGGCCCUCAAGGGGUUAAAGAAUUCUUACCUAUAUUGUUAAAAGACUUUCAAAACCCACACUAGUCCUGGGAACUCUGGUACCCCAGGAAAAGCCAGUUGUCACUGACAGUCUAGUAUGAACUCCUGGCUGAAGGGGUUCCUGACAGCUGAGGGGAAGAGGUGGGUGAAGGAAAAGGCAAGCUGAGGUAAACAGGAGGCUUGAGGCACGACCAAAGGCCAGAGUGCAGAGUAUCCCUCACCACUUACCUCUUAAGCUGGCUUUGGUGUUGCCUCAUGGCAUGUGUGGGAUGAAUCUCCUAACUGUUCUGUGCCUCAGUAUCCCUCCCUGCAACAGGACUGGUCAUACCAACCUACCUCCGCUGUGUGGAUCAUGGAACAGUCUCAAAAAUAAGGUUUGGGCUAAAUGGCUCAUUUAGUGGAUGUAACCUGGGUGGGUGUUAUUAUGUCCUCUAACCACAAUAUCUUCCCGUAAGCUCCCCGUGACCAGGGCAGCACUUGUCACACUGCUGCCUGGCAUUUCAGACAGCUCACAUGACCACAGCAAGCACAUUCCUUUAGUGGAGAGCCUGGGUUAGUGAAAUGUUCCAGGGCCUUGACCAGGCCAAACCCUGAGUGCUAAAGACAUCUGCAUGUGCUAUCCCCGAAGCCAAGAACAUAUAUUAGCCAGACUUUUGCUUCCCGUUCCUUCAGUUCUGGUUUCUAGGACUCCCCCAACCCCAUGGCAUUUGGCUUUUGUUUUCCAACAGUGGGGAUGGCUUUGGAAGUCACCUGAGAGUGUUAUGACAUACAGCUGAACUAGGACCUCGAGGGGAUGGCUGGUCUCAAGUGAAUUUUAGACAACUGACUGCUGCCAGGAUUUCCUGGCAUAAACUAAGAAGGGUGGGAGCCUGACCUCUUCCACGAACGAGCAGGGCUGAACUCGGUGGGAGGAGCUGGGACCCGACUCUAGGUGAAAUGUCUCCCUCUAGUAGUGAUGCUCACUGAGAACCCCGUUGUCAACUCGGCUCUGGGAAAGUUCCCAGAGUUGGAGGGCUAGAAGUGGGGCCCUGGGCACCAUUAAGGCUACACAGCUGCUGGAGAUUUGGGAGUGGCCCGCGGUGGCCGUUCCAAGCCCCAGGAGACUGGACUUCCCUAAGCACCCCGCCGUCUCAGCACCAGCGGAGAGUGGGGUGUAGACACAACUGAAAACGUGAAUGCAUGAUAUAGAACCGCCGCCUUUGCACUGCGCGGCGCACUGAGCAUGAACGGUGUUUGUAUAAUGUUGGCGAAGGAAUUUAACAGAAACAGAAAGCUGUGUACCGUUGUUUGGCCCCGUUUUCCCGCCUUUCCUUGCCUUCUCUUCCCCCACUCUCCCUACUGAUUCUGUUCCCAGUGGUUGGUAUUUGGUGACAGCUCUUGGUUCUGUGGCUGUUUAUGUCUCACUGAAAACACGGAGGGGUGGGCAGUGGUAAGGAAAGUACUUUUUUUCUAAUUUUGUAUAGCUAUCCACAAGCGUUUGUAUUUUUUGAAUUGCAAACACUGUUUUCUGGUCCUUGGGGGUUGGUUAAACUUCCUGUAUUACUUUUUGGAAAACUUGAGUUUUACCACAUUCUUAAACAGAUUUGAAAUAAAUUCUUUUGACACUGCCAA